CACACCACCCCAGAAGCUCCCAGCAACUCACCCCUCAUAGACAGAAUUGCCUCCAGGUGCGAGCUUCGACCCGGAGCUCCUCCUCUUCGCGUUGCUGCAAGAGAACUCCAGUACGAAACAAGCACUCAAAGCAUAAGGGAAUGCUGAAAGAUGUGCUUGCUUAGAAAAAAUUUCACCUGCGCGUUAAAGGAGAUUGCAGCUGCUCCGCAAGAGCUGACUUUGUCAACUCUGUAUGCGAGCAACCAUCUUCUCUGCAUCAUCUCCAGGCCAUCUAGACUCCCUCGUGACAUGAAAGUGUUGUUCGAAGUCGUCGAUCAAGACUACCUUGGGGAGGAUGGUUGAAGUGUUGCAGUCCGUUUGAAUUGUAGCCGCAAUAUAUAGGCUGUGGUUUUUAUAUAGCUAGAAGACAUGGAGAACAGAGGGAAGAUUUUGAUGGGGCGGUAUGAGCUGGGGAGAUUGUUGGGGAAAGGAACAUUUGGCAAAGUGCACUAUGCCAGGAGCCUCAAGUUGAACCAAAGCGUCGCCAUAAAGAUGUUGGACAAGGAGAAGGUGCUCAAGGUUGGGCUCGCGGAGCAAAUCAAGCGUGAGGUCACAACCAUGAGGUUGGUGGCACACAAGAACAUUGUUCAGCUUCACGAGGUCAUGGCGACACAAAACAAGAUAUACUUUGUCAUGGAGUAUGUGAAAGGUGGUGAGCUCUUUGACAAGGUUGCAAAGAGCGGCAAGCUCACAGAGGGUGAUGCACAUAAGUACUUCCAGCAGCUCAUUAGUGCGGUGGAUUAUUGCCACAGCCAAGGUGUGUAUCACCGGGAUCUCAAGCCUGAGAACCUGCUCCUGGAUGAGAAUGAGAACCUGAAGGUCUCGGAUUUCGGAUUGAGCGCGCUCUCUGAGUCCAAGAGGCAAGACGGCUUGCUCCACACCACCUGCGGAACGCCUGCAUAUGUAGCUCCGGAGGUGAUCAGCAAGAGAGGCUACGAUGGUGCAAAAUCAGAUAUCUGGUCCUGUGGUGUUGUCUUGUUUGUUUUGGCUGCUGGUUAUCUCCCUUUCCAUGGUUCCAACGUGAUGGAGAUGUAUCGGAAGAUUGAGCAAGGUGAUUUCAGGUGCCCCAGCUGGUUCUCACACAAGCUUCAGAAGCUCUUGUACAAGAUCUUGGACCCUAAUCCAAACACUAGGCCAUCCAUCCAGAAGAUAAAAGAGUCUACCUGGUUCCGAAAAGGUCCAAAGGGCACUCUUGCAGUAAAGGAGAGAACUCCCAGUGAGAAUGUCACCACAAAUACCACAGCUGGUGUGAGGCCCAGGAAGCAUGCUCAUGAUGUGAAGCCCAUGACAGCAACAAACUUAAAUGCCUUCGAGAUCAUCUCCUUCUCCACGGGGUUUGAUCUGUCCGGCCUAUUCAUCCAAGAGGAAUGCAAAAAGGAGGCGAGGUUCACUUCAGACAAGCCUGCUUCAGACAUCAUCUCGAAGCUGGAAUGUGUCGCAAAGGCGCUGAAUCUCAGGGUAAGGAAGAAGGACAAUGGCGUGAUGAAGAUGCAAGCGCGGAAGGAGGGAAGGAACGGUGUUGUUCAGUUGGACACGGAGAUCUUUGAGAUUACGCCUUCCCACCAUCUUAUUGAGAUGAAGCAAACAAGUGGGGAUCCGCUGGAGUACCGGGAGCUGAUGGAGGACAUCCGGCCAGCGCUGAAGGACAUAGUCUGGGCCUGGCAUGGAGAUGACCAGCAGCAACAAGAUUAGGUUUUGGAAGUCCUGAGUAUUUAGUUUUUGCUUGUCAAAUUCGUUACUUUUUCAGCUAGAGCGAUUCGUUCUGCAUGCGUGUGUUCUUUGUAGUAUGUUCUUUUUCUUGUACCUAAAGAUUACUUGUUGAGGCAUUGAUGAGAAGUUGAGAUGCAUAAUAAAAAGGUUGUUUAUGUUCA